AUGAGAGUUUGGCUAAUUAUUGCGAGUUUUGUUGUCGCUGCUUCAGCUAGACAUGAGGAGUAUGAGGGAUGGUCCUCAUAUUACGUGGUUCCAUACGACUUCGGUCAGCUAGAAGCUAUCAACGAAAUAGUUCAGAAGUACAACCUCGAUGUCUAUGGUCACCCCGCUAUCAAGAGAGAGGGGCUGGUGCUGGUGGAUCCAGCCAACAAAAAGAACUUCACCAAUGCUUUAGAUGAAUUGAACAUCAAGUAUAGGAUACACACUAAGGAUAUGAAAGCGCACCUUGAACUAGAAGAUAAGAUGUUUAAGGACAAAGUGUCGCCGCUCCCGACCAGAAUAGGCGGCAGACUACCCUACGAUCAGUAUCAAUCGGUGCAAGCGAUCCAUCAAUACAUGGACGACAUAGCGGCAGCACAUCCAAAUAUCGCAAGAGUCGUAACUCCCACGGUGUCCUUCAACGGCCAGCCCAUGAAAUACAUGAGAAUCUCCACCACCAACUUCCAAGACACCCGCAAGCCCAUCAUCUUCUUGGAUGGUGGUAUGCACGGUCGGGAGUGGUUGUCCAUACCACCGGUUACCUAUGCCAUUAACCAGCUGGUUGAAAACGUGACUGAUCCAGACCUUUUGAACAGAUUUGAUUGGAUUUUGCUACCCAUUGUCAACCCUGAUGGGUACAGGUUCUCGCGUGAUUCUAGUGUAACCUUCAGAAAAACUCGAUCGAUCAUACCUGGCAACCAAUGGAGCAUGAUGUGUCCUGGAGUAGACCUCGACCGCAACUUUGACUUUGUCUGGAACACAAUAGGAACAAGUGACCACCACUGCUCCUAUGUCUUCCCAGGAGUAGCACCCUUCUCCGAAGUAGAAGCACGAGUUGUUAGAGACAUCUUGCAUCAACACAGGAAUAUCUUAAUGUAUAUCACCUUCAGCAGUUUCGGAAGUUUCAUCAUGUAUCCUUGGGCAUUCGACGGAUCGUUGUCUGACCAUGCUUUUAGACAGCACAGUGUUGGGAUCAGCAUGGCUGAUGCUAUCAACAGAGUUAAACACCCCAGUUUCCUUCCGUACAGAGUUGGUAACGCCGGUUUGAUCCGUGGAUCAGGAAUGGCUGGCACGUCGAUAGACUACGCCCAUAGUGUUGGUGUACCAUUAGCGUAUACAAUUGAUCUGCCAGGGGUUUUUGGUGGUUAUUGGAUGGAUCCGAUAUGGAUAGAGCAAGUUGUUAUUGAGACAUGGGAAGGCGUGAGAGCCGGUGUAAGAAGAGCUCUGGCAACUAAUUGAAUCAUGAGUUUUAAAUCUGACCGUAUAUUACCAGAUAAUUAAGCAGAGAUUAUUACCAUCGUUUG